UCGAACCACAACAUAGAUCGAGAGCAUCAAGUCUCUGAUCGAGGUCUAAGUACGCCAGUACCCUGCAUCUGCUUUUGCGACUACAUUCAUCUACCUUUAAGGGAAUCGGUGAGAGGUCGACGAAAUAAUGGUAUCGAUCGGUGAGCUUUCUGUCUCUUAACUUCUGUUUCGCUUUCAUUCCUUUAUUUUUGUUGUUGUCUGUGG